AUGGGUUUUGACAAAAUGUGAGUUGAAACAUUAAAAAUGUAGUCAAAGAUGGCAUCAAAUUUCAGUCAGUCAGUGUUACAUUCCAAGAGCUACAGUACUCCAGCGAGUAGUCGUUGAAAAAAGUGGUCAACUACAAAAGUAGAGUUCAAGAUGUGAACUUUAAUUUUGUAGUUGAACAUUUCUUUGUACAACCACUCUUUGGGCUACUGUAGCGCUUGGAAGUUGAAAGGUCCAAAGUCCAAUACAUCCGUUUUGAUGCCAUUCUAUUUUUAGGCAUGACUCACAGCGCCCCUAUAAAUCAAAAUGCUCCCUCCGCCAACACUCCAUCAUCCUCAUCUAUUUGUUGCAGUGUCGAAAGCGAGACGGACUUUGGUCUCCGUCUGCUGGGCACCUUUCCGAAAAAGGACGACGAAUCGCUCGUUUUCUCGCCGCUCUCCAUUUCUCUCGGCCUCGCGCUCGUUCACUCCGGAGCCAGGGGCCACGCGAGAAAAGAGCUCGAGCUGGCGGUUUUGGGAUUGGAUGGAACACAAAAUGAUCGUUUUGCCGAGCAUUUCGCAAAAGUUGUCGGCGAGGUGACAAAUGCAAAGAAUGGUGUCGAGACGAGCAUUGCCAACCGGGUUUUUGUGAAGUGAGUUUGGGAAACGUUCUUUUUUAAUAUCGACUUCAAAAGACUGAAACUACUUAUACCAUUGGAUAGAGCGACAAAAAUUACAUAAAGCCAUAGUAUAUCAUUUUUCUGAAAAAUCACAUUUAGAGCCUGAUUUAGAUGAACUUGUUGUCUAAAACCCCUCAUCUUUGAACACGUAUAUCUCGUGAUCCAAUCAUUAUUUCAAAAAGUGGUCAACUGUAAAGUUGUUGCAAAUUUUGUGCCUAACAACUUUGUAGUUGAUCAUUCUAUCUCAAAGCCUGUCAUUCUGGAGUUAUGGUCUAGUUGCUAAACAGUAGACGGCAAGAAAGCGACAAAACGGAAAAACGUGAGAUUUAUAAGUGAGAAUAGGGUGAAAAGAGUGCUAUUUUUAAGAAACAUAACGUAUUGAUGUAACUUUUGGCGCUCUGUUUAUUGUGCGAUCGAUAAUUUUAUUGGGACAGGAAUAGGGCAGUACAACACAGAGGGUCCAUUUAACUGAACAUUUUUCAUCAAGCUCACCAAACAUCCACAAAUUGACAAAUAUUUUCAGCCAAGAGCACGCGAUCAACCAAUCCUACCUGAACGAAAUCCAAAAAACAUAUCAAGCCGGCGCCGAGAGCCUCGACUUUUCGCAGUCAGAAGAGGCGGCGAAAGUGAUCAACAAGUUCGUGGCGGCUCAAACUUCCGGAAAAAUCACUAAACUGAUCACUUCCGACACUGUCCACGACGCUUUCGCACUUCUCGUCAACGCGGUUCAUUUCAACGCCGACUGGCUCGACAAAUUCGAAAAGCACAGCACUUUCGAGCUGGCGUUCCAUAAGAAAGAGGGCGAGAGCAGAGAGGUACUGCGCCCCCCAAGUGUUUUGUAGUGAUUUUGAUUGGUUUCGCAGAUUUGCUUCCUGAACGAGAACGAAAUUCAUCGAGACUACACCGAGAAUGACACGUGGCAAGUGCUGGCUUUGCCCUAUGUCGACCAGGAUUUCAAGUUUGUCAUCUUUUUGCCGAAAGAGCAAUUCGGACUGCAAAAAGCUUUGGAGGUGAGCCUUUCAUUGAGAAAGUGUUGUACAUAUUUCGACAUGAACAGACGGUAUUUCGUUGCAGAAACUGACGGGCUGGAGCUUCCAAAUGCUGCUCGUCGACCUCAAAAACUCGUACGUCAACGUGCGCAUUCCGAGAAUGCACAUCGAGACGGAGGUGUCGCUCAGAGAAUCGCUGGAUGCCCUGGGCGUCCGGGACAUCUUCAGCGACUCGGGCGACGUUUCCGCGAUCGCCGACGGCCUCAGAAUCUCCUCCGGCAUCCACAAAUCGGUGAUCGAUGUCGACGAGGACGGCACGACGGCGGCCGCUUCGUCGGCGUUCAAGCCGACACUGGAUAUGAUGAUUCUGGCGAAUCCGAUCGAUUUCAUCGCCGAUCACCCGUUCCUGUUCGCCGUUUUACACAAGAAUCGCCCACUUUUCAUGGGAACUCAUUACUAA